ACAAUAGAAAACUAGGGUUUUUGACGCAACCGUAUAAAUUUUUCCUUUGCUCAAGACGCCAAUCCCCUCAGCAAUUUUCUAGGGUUUUCAUAAGCUCUCUGCGCAGCAGCCCUUUAUUUUGUUGAAGAAGCAAAAAUCAAUCAUGGGUCACUCCAACGUUUGGAAUUCUCACCCCAAGAACUACGGGCCUGGUUCUCGUACUUGCCGUGUAUGUGGGAACCCUCAUGGGUUGAUCAGGAAGUAUGGGCUCAUGUGCUGCAGACAGUGCUUCCGUAGCAAUGCCAAGGAAAUUGGAUUCAUUAAGUACCGCUAAAGGAUUGAGAGCUUUACCAAGAAGAGUGGCGACUUUUGUUCUGAUUAGUAUGAUAGUGGUUUUGGUGCAAGUAUCGCCCCAGUAGUGGUUUAAAAUAUCGAGGAACACUAUGAUGACCUUAUGUUUUUAAUUAAUUUGAAGGUGAUUUUGAUGUGAUUGUCUAAGAAUAUUUGUCAUUACUCUUGUAACUUGAAAAAGUUACCGUUUUAAUGUUACUUCUGUAGUCGCCAGUA